AUGGUGAUGACACUGGUCAUGCAGCUCAUGUUGCUGUUACUACUGCCAGUGACUCGAGUCUCAGCCCAGGAGCAGCAGCAGCCACCGCAGCAGGUUGUGCGGCCUAGCUGCCGUGACAAGUGCGGCAACAUCACCAUCCCCUACCCCUUUGGCAUCGGCGCCGGCUGCUUCCGCAACGACGGCCGAGGUGGCUUCGAGCUCGAGUGCAAUGACUCGCGCUCGACACCGCGGCUCACCGUGGCUGGCAAUGGGAUCCGCAUAACCAGCCUGUCCAUCAUCACCAGCGAGGCCAGGGCCCUCCUUAGAGCAACACGCCGAUGCUAUGACAGCAAGGGGCGCAUCACCGGCAGGAGCGGCGACACGUCCGUACCACUCAUUGGCAGCCACUACCUCUUCUCCCAGGCCAGGAACCGCCUUGUUGCGCUUGGUUGCUCCAACCUCGGCUACUUCGUCGAUGCCGCAGGCUACUACGUCAGUGGGUGCAUGGCAGUGUGCGGGCCGCAACACUUCAUUGAGUUGGGGUCCUGCACAGGCGUGGCCUGCUGCCAGAGCACGAUACCCCCGGCUAUCGACUACUACGAGCCAUACGUGCUCGACUUCACAAAGGAGCAGACAGACAAAGGCAUAGUCUCCUAUAGCAACAGCACAACCUGCCGGUAUGUGUUCCUGGCGGAGACCAAGUGGUUAACUACAACACUGACUGGUAAAAGUGAGUACCUCAACCGGACCAACAACUUCGCUGUGCCCGUCAUCCUCGACUGGGCAGUCCGAAACGUCGGCAACUGCAGCGCCGCCAAGCGCAACACAACCGACUACGCGUGCCAGAGCGCGCUCAGUGACUGUGUCGACUCCAAGAAUGGCAAUGGGUACCAGUGCAACUGCUCCAAGGGCUACGAGGGCAACCCCUAUCUACAAGAUGGAUGCAGAGGUAUACACUGUUGUCCUGUUUUACUGUUUCAUUUCCUGCUCCUUCAUCUGAUGAAUUGUUUUGCCAAAAUGGAAGACAUCGACGAGUGCAAACGCAAAGAAGAGCAACCAUGCUACGGCGUAUGUGCAAAUACUCUGGGAAGCCACACUUGCCAAUGCCCGCCAGGGACUAGUGGAGAUGCCACAACAAAGACUGGUUGCCGGCCGAAGGACAAUUUCACGUUAGCACUGAAAGUAGUUACAGGUAAACAGAUAAUUUGGCAAAUGUGUUGCUCUCGCAAUUUCACUGUUGCCCCUGCAAUUGUACUUCAGAAAGCUAAUGAUAAAUUGAUAAUGCUAUGUCGUGUUCAGGAGUCAGCGUUGGAGUGUUCUUGCCUUUGUUCAUGUGUUUCUGGCUCUACUUGGGGCUCCAGAAGAGGAAGCUUAUCAGAACAAAGCAAAUGUUCUUCGAGCUAA